AUGGAGGGGGGACGAGCAGGCAAGAGGAAGGCUGCGGAGUUCUCUGAGGCGUACCCUGAGACCGUCAGCUCCACUGCUGAUGUCGAAGCCUCCCUCUACAGGAAGUUCCCCAGUGCCCCUGGCCUGACAGGGGGCACUUUAAUCUCCCCCACCACCCCCUCCUCCUUGCACACAGCGGCCACCCCCACACGCCGACGUCACCGGACCACUUUCAGCCAAGAGCAGCUGGACCAGCUGGAGGCGGCUUUUAUGAAAAACCACUACCCGGAUAUCUACUGCCGAGAGGAGUUGGCCAGGGUCACCAAACUCAACGAGGCUCGCAUCCAGGUGUGGUUCCAGAACCGGCGGGCCAAACAACGAAAGCAGGAACGGGCCCUGCUAAAACCAGGCACCUCUGGCAUCCUGUCCAUUUGCCCGAUGCCCACACCACCGCCACCACGACAGUACCAGUACCCUCCUGCCCUGGCACCACAUCACCCCCUUCCCCGCUUCCCUUCCACUUACGCUCUGACCCCCCCACCACCCUCAACCGCCUCUGCCCAGUUUCCCUGCCCUACCUCUCACCACCCUCAAGCCUUUCGUGCUCACGACAGCUGGUACAGCCCCUUGCGGGCCGUGACUUCCCCCCCAACUGCUCCACCGCCAUCGGUGAUCUCACUGAGUCUCGACCCCAGCACCCACUGGAACUGA